AAGCAAUGUUGCAAGGAAAUUCCAAACUACAUAAAGAACUGUUUGUGUAGUUGGUAGGUGGGAACAUGUAUUGACCGAAAUUCGACAUAGAAUCUGAGCCCAAAACAAGAAGUAGAUAAAAACACAUUCAAGACCAUGAUGCGCAGCAGCCUCGCGGAGCCUGCGGGGCAGCAGCAACGGGCUGGCAAUCUCCGUCCCAGCGGUGUGGGUGGCAUGUUCGGCAAGUUGAGUACCGCGGAACAACCACCCGCAAGACCGGUCGCAGCGAUAUCCCGCAAAAAAAAGCAGUCAGGUCAGAUUUGUAAUGCGAAAAUACAUACGAAGAAAAAUCUCCUGUCACGGGCAACCCCAUAGGAGGCUGUUCAGGAUAUUACGCAAUAGUACCGAUUCAUCUUCUGUGUAUUUAUUUUUGCACUGCAAAUAUGACCUGCACCUGCCUGUCUUUUCCUGUGGGAUAAGCGAAAACCUCGACCAAGCCGCAGAAGAACUGGGCGGAGAAGCACCGGCCGAAAAAACUGCAGAACAUUGUUUUACGCGAACAGAUAUGCAUUGCAAAAGUAUCGUACUCAUAGUAAUUGCAAACAUGCAUCACAAAUCUUGUUCUUAAGCCAAAUCCGCAUUACAAAUUUUAUUUUUCACGCUGAGGAAAUUUGUAUUGCAUUUUUAGUACGAGUACGAUACUUUUGCACAGGAUAACACACCCGCAAGACGUUCGAGAAGAGCAUCGAACAGCCGUUGAAGAUGCCCCACCUGCUCAUGUACGGCCCCCCUGGCACUGGAAAAACCACCACCGCCUGGGCGUUCUUGUACGAGUUGUUCGGGAAAAAAGCGGCGGGUCGCCACGUCAAGGCGCUCAACUCCAGUCAAGACCGCGGGAUCAAGGUGAUUCGGGAAGAGUAUGGUCUGGGGAAAAACUUGUGCAUUUUUGAAGUCGACGGGGAAGUACUUUUUUUUGCCGGUGAUUCAGGAAGAUCACUAAAGCAGGGUUAGAAGUAGAAGACGUAGCGCGUUUAUUGUCACGCAGGAAAAUAACCGUUGCUGCAUGCGAUCCAUCACCGAAGAUUUUUUGUGUAACCAUAAAAAGCUGUUGGAGUCGCAGAAGGAGAUUGAGGAUUACAAACUUCACAGUACACAAAUUUUCCCUACCAUAACGCAGUGAAGCCCUACUGUGAGGCGGAAAUUAACGAUAGCAAGGACGAACCUGGGUAAGAUCGGAAGUAGAAUCCUUUCAAAGCUCGCAAUCGCAUGUUGACAAAAACAAGCGUUGCUACUGAUGCGCCAAAUGAAUGACACACAGGGAUUCUUCUUUCCAUGUGCCCUUUGCAGUUACUUAUUCCGGUAUGACAAACUACUUUUCCAAAACAAAGACAUCAAUCCCAGGUACCCUAACCCGCGCUUGAAAUUCAUCCUGAUGGACGAGGCGGACGCGUUAACGAUGGAAGCCCAAGCCGCGCUCCGACGCGUGAUCGAGGAAAACUCGGAUAACACCCGCUUCAUCCUGUGCUGCAAUUACGUGAACAAAAUCAUCGAGCCGAUCCAGUUAUGCAAGACAUCAAAAGUAUCAUACUUCAAGAAAAUGUGCAUCACAAAGUACAUUCCGAAACGGAAAAUAAACUGGCAGCUUGUGUGAUGCUGAUUUUGGAAUAGAAACCAGAUUUGAUGUUGUCAUGUGUAAAGAUGGUCCACCAAGCUACUGGUAGUGCGAGUACGAUACUUGGUUUUCACAUGAUAUCAGUCCCGUUGCGCCUCCGUGGCCUUCACCCCGUUGGCGCCGGACCUGCACAAGCUGCAUUUGGUCAAGUAUCAAAGUGAAAAAAGCCCCCACCCCACAUCAAAACGAAAUUUCUGAUGCUGUAUUUGCGUACACGAAUCAGAUUUGUCUUGCAGUAGGGGACUGCAGGCCGAUAUCAUGCCAGUGCGCAGAGGUUUUGGCCUAGGCGCUUAGCAUGGGGAACGCCUAUGCUGUAGGACCAACAGCAUUACAAACCGCCUGCAUAAUGGGGCGGAGCGCAUGCCGUUACUUUCUUGCAAGACAGACACGAUUUGUGGUCACAAAUCAGCAUCGCAAAUUUUUUGAGGCGUUCCUUUUCGAUAUGCGGAGGGGGGAUUUUUCCUUACAAUAUCAAGAUCUGCAAGGAGGAGAACGUCGUUUUAGUAGAGGACAAUCUUGAGAAAUUUUCCCAGUCCCAACUCCCGAUUGACAUGGUAUCCACUGCAAAAGUACGGUAAAUUUUGUAGUAAUUCGAAAUUGAUGCAAUCGCGCAUGGGGGGGUCAAUCAGCAAUACAAAUUGCCGUUCUCGUCAUGCGGAGCAAAUCUGUCAUGCAGCUACGAACACCAGUACGGUACUUUUGUCUAAUGCAUAUAUGGAGGAAGACUUCGACUACAAUGACUGCAACAGCAAGAUUCAAGAAUUGAAUUUCAACACCCCCUGCCUGGACUUCCUCGUCGACCUAUGCGUUGCAGAAGUACUAUCGUACUCGUAGAAAUUGCAUUCAUGCAUGACAAAACUGGUUGUUCCUUAGGUAAUGCACGAUGACAAAUUUUAUUUGUCAUGCUGCGAAAAUUUAUAUGUAAAAAUGCAAUUACAACCAGUACGAUAGUUCUGUUUCAGGUCCAUACGACCUCUCCGAUGGCGACUGCCGGCGGUCCAUCACAUUAUUGCAGUCGGUCGCGAGCGUGUGCAGCCGAAAAGGCAAGGAUGCAGAUAGCACAGUGACUGUGGGAAGAGCCACGAACAUGUUCGGCGGUGGGGGCAGCAACGCUCUUGCGUCGAGAGCUUCUGUGGCGGGAGCGGCUGCAAAGGAUGUGAAGAUUCGCGUCACGAUAUGACAAUGGAAAAUUCCCCAUCUCCAUAACUGAAACGAAUAUUUCUUGUGUAGCACGAUUUGUGAUCACAAGUCACCGAUUGAGUCCUAUGCUAGAAGGGAAGAUGAGAUGUUGUGACCUGUAGUUCUUUCUGGCUGGCGUGGAAAAGCUUUGCGCUUUAGCUUUACGCAUGUUGACAGAAAGCAACUGCAAGCCGGAGGUAACAGCAUGACAAAUUACCUGCAAUUGAGGCCGCAACUUCGUCUGUUGGACUUCUAGCAAUACCGGUCGAUUUGCGUACGGAAGAAAUCCAGCAUCACAAAUUUCCUUUUCAAUAUGGGGAAGGGGGAUAAUUCUUCCUCAGGAUACAGAAAGCCAGAUCUGGUCCAGGUUUCUAACUCGCUGGAGGAACCGAAACUGCAAGAAAUCGUGAAUCACAUCUUGUUAUGCAGCGCAAAUAUACACGCAUUUGUUGCUGGAAACUUGUAAUGCUGGGGCGUGAAGAACAGUAAACGCUCUGCAUAAAUCUAAAUACACAGCCAAGCAAGCAUGACAAAUGUUUGCGCGGCUUGGUGUUGCGUUUUCCGCAUGACAAACUGCGUUUAUUUUGCAUGCCAAGCAAAAGCAGAGUCUCUUCUCGGACACGCGUCACAGACUCUUUAGUUGUCAUGGCACCAUACAAGCAUAUAGAAAUAACCUUGCAUUCUUCCAGACCCAGACCAAUAUUUGCGGCGCAUACCUGUACACCGAAACAUUCGAAGAAGUGGAAAACGAUGCGGAGUGGCUGUUGCGCAACGCUUUUGCGGUCCGAGCGGUGAUCAUCCCGAUUUGGCAGGAGAUCCGGAGCCGGGCGAAAAAUCUCUUCUACAGCUAUCAACCGUAAAAAUGUCUGGGUCUGGAAGAUUCUGACACUUGUCAUGCACGUUUUGCAUGAGCCGUGAUGUCUGUGAUGCAUGCCCUAGCAUCACAGAUUUUUUGAGAGCUUCUUGAUGCCUAUUUCGCAUGACAAAUGCCCUCUCCGUGUAGCAAAAAUUAAAUUUUCUUUUGGCAUUCAUGCAACACAGAUUUUUCUGGAAUCCAAAUGCAGCAUCACAAGUUCCAUUCUUCCAGACCCAGACACUUUUACAUUUGAUAACAGCAGCGCGGCCUCGAUGAGCCAGUUCGCGGGGUCUGGCUUUGCCGGGACAAAACGGGAGGACUUUUUGCCACUACAGUUUUCCAACUAUGCAUUGCAAAAGUAACCUACUAGUAGAAAUUGCAUGACAAAUUUCGGCAAGUUGAAAAGUGGAAUUUGUAAUGCUGUCUUACCUUAGGAGGAAGAUUUGUCAUGCAUAUUUGCAAUUACCUCGAGUGCGAUACUUUUGCACAGCACACCAACCUACAGUGGACGAAAGUGGGGAUUCUGAUCGCGGAAGUCGAUGGUAUGGUGAACGCAAACGUCCCGACCGACGCGGUGUAUCCCUAUUUCCUGCUCACGUUGUACCUGCUCCUAAACUAUCAAAUGCAAAAAUGUCUGGGUCUGGAAGGUUGCAACCCAAUUUGUACGUUGCGCAAGUGAUAGUAUAUGUAGUAAUAGUUAGUUCCACCGGUGGACAUAUUAGCAUGCUUAAUCUCUCUCUAAAUAGUGCAAACACGUAGUUCUCUUUUAUUUUCUUUCUUCAUAAAGUUCAAGUCGUUCUCUUCCCUGUGCUGUACCAAGGUCUUGUUUCCAGACAAAACACCAGACAUUUUUGCAUUUGAUAUGUACACGAAGCAGGAGAUCAAGCCGGCAAAAAAUCUGGCGGAGGUCGACUAUGCUGUGCAAAAGUAUCUGAUACUCGUAUUGCAUGCAUGCAUUGCAAAUCUAUUCCCUAAGGUAAAUCAGCAUUACAAAUUUUCUUUCUCAUGCUGAGGAAAUUUGUAAUGCAUUUAUACGAGUACGAUUCUUUUGCAAUGCAUAUCGACGAUCACGCACUGAUUUGGGCGCAGUACUCCGUGGGGGUGUCGAAGUAUCACGACGAGUACAAUCCAUAUCCGAAGGAAGAAAUGUGGGGAAACGAAAUUGCGACUUUCUGAAGUAGAUAGGAACUGUUACGGAAGGGGAUUUUUAGUCGUAGAUGCUGAGCAGGACAAUGAGCAGGUUAGCUUUUUAUUUCUAUAGGCCAAGACCUUGAACUUCAACUUCUACAUGAGGCGUAGUUGUGCAUUAGCCAGAUUUGAAAAAGUGCAAGCGUACUAGCGAGAGUGAAAAUGUCGAAUCGUAGAAAAGCGUAGCGAGACCGAAGGUAACAUGAGAGAAGUUUUUCGAGGCACCACAGAUAUUGGUGUCAACGCAGAGCAAGCGUACUUGCGAUGAGACUGUCAUGACCAAAGUUGUCAAUGAUCAGAGGAUUUUUGGAAAAAGGAAAAAGGAAAACCCAACAUUGCUGCGAUUGUCGAAGAACUACACGUUCCGUGAGGGAUGAUGAAGAUCAGAGUAAAAGAACAGCAAAAUGCUGCGUGAAUGAUCAUCAACAAAAAAUGACUGUGCG